GGGGACUGCUCGGCUCUCCGCGGCCUCCCCCGAGCGCGUCUAUGAGCGCAGCGUUCCCGCCGUCGCUGAUGAUGAUGCAGCGCCCGCUGGGGAGUAGCACCGCCUUCAGCAUCGACUCGCUGAUCGGCAGCCCGCCGCAGCCCAGCCCCGGCCACUUCGUCUACACCGGCUACCCCAUGUUCAUGCCCUACCGGCCCGUGGUGCUGCCGCCGCCGCCGCCGCCGCCGCCCGCGCUGCCCCAGCCCGCGCUGCCGCCCGCGCACCCGCACCACCAGAUCCCCAGCCUGCCCGCCGGCUUCUGCUCCAGCCUGGCGCAGGGCAUGGCGCUCACCUCCACCCUCAUGGCCACGCUGCCCGGCGGCUUCUCCGCCGCCUCGCCGCAGCACCCGGAGGCGGCGGCCGCCCGCAAGUUCGCCCCGCAGCCGCUGCCCGGCGGCGCCAACUUCGACAAGGCGGAGGCGCUGCAGGCCGACCCGGAGGACGGCAAAGGCUUCCUGGCCAAGGAGGGCUCGCUGCUCGCCUUCUCCGCCGCCGCCGAGGCGGUGCAGGCGUCGCUCGUCGGGGCUGUCCGAGGGCAAGGGAAAGACGAGUCAAAGGUGGAAGAUGACCCCAAGAGCAAGGAGGAGAGCUUCUCCUUGGAGAGCGAUGUGGACUACAGCUCGGAUGACAAUCUGCCGGGCCAGGCGGCCCACAAGGAGGAAGACCCGGGCCACGCGCUGGAGGAGACCCCGCCGAGCGGCGGCGGCGCGGCGGGCAGCACCACGUCCACGGGCAAGAACCGGCGGCGGCGGACUGCGUUCACCAGCGAGCAGCUGCUGGAGCUGGAGAAGGAGUUCCACUGCAAGAAGUACCUCUCCCUGACCGAGCGCUCGCAGAUCGCUCACGCCCUCAAACUCAGCGAGGUGCAGGUGAAAAUCUGGUUCCAGAACCGCCGGGCCAAGUGGAAACGGGUGAAGGCAGGCAAUGCGAAUUCCAAGACCGGGGAACCCUCGCGGAACCCCAAGAUCGUGGUCCCCAUCCCCGUGCACGUCAGCAGGUUCGCCAUCAGAAGUCAGCACCAGCAGCUGGAGCAGGCCCGGCCCUGAGGGCCUCGGCCA